AUGUCAAAGUUGACUGAGAAAACAGAGGAAGUGAACUAUGUUCCAGGAGUGAAGUCGAUUAACACGAAGGACGUCGUGUCGUUUUUCAAGGAUCCCGAAUCACAAAAAUUUGUGUACAAAACUUUGUCCCUAUCAUUCGACCGAGUGAAGAAAGCCGAUUUUGUCUUGCUCACCACGGUCGAACACUUGGAACCCGAUGUAUUAUCAGCUCUCAACCGGUACCAGCCCAAUUACGCGAUCGGCCCGAUAAAUUUCUCCAAAAAUCUCCCAACAAAUGUCGUUUGUAGCAAGAGCUUAUGGUACGAAUCGGAUUGCGCCAGCUGGCUAGAGUCCAAGUCCCCUGGCUCUGUAUUGUACGUCUCGUUCGAAAGCUUCGUUCAUUCGAGCAAGAAGAUUAUUGAAGAGGUUGCUUACGGGCUUCUUUUAAGUGGUGUGAACUUCAUAUGGGUUAUUCGAGAACGUAUCCUUAACUCGGGCGAUAAUGCUAAUGUUUUGCCCCUUGGAAUUGAAAAUGAGGUCAAGGGUCAAGGUUUAAUUGUGCAUUGGUGUGAUCAAAUUAAGGUUCUUUCUAGUCCGGUUGUGGGGGGCUUUCUUACGCACUGUGGGUGGAAUUCAACGGUCGAGAUCAUAUGGUAUGGGGUCCCUAUGAUUUGUUACCCUAUAUCAUACGACCAGCCAACCAAUCGAAAAUUGGUGGUCGAUGAUUGGAAAAUCGGGAUUGUGAUGGGGUUUCGUGUUGUGAAUUUCAUGAACGGGAAACAUGGCGAGGCAAGAUCUGAGAAAUGGAGUCGCGAUGUCGAAGGAAAUCUGGAUAAGAGUGAGAUGGGAGAUGGAAGUGCAGUGAGCAGGGUUAUGUCGGAAAAUGAAAAAACGAUCGAGAUUGAGACACGUGGGGCGCCAACAACCUUUGAUCAAGAGAAGAAUGAUUCAAGUGAAGCUUGA